CCAAAUACAACAUAAAAAGAAACACACAGCCUCACAGAAAAUCCCCAAAACUCUACAAGCAUUUGUAGAGUUUUGAUCAAAAAGAACACGAAGAAAAGAGAACAAUGGUGUCGGACUCGAAGCUAGUGGAUCGGCUCUGGGUAAUCCUCGGAAGCUCCGACCUCAGCACCACCACCGCCGCCGUUGUCCGCCGGAGACUCGAGGAGGAUUUCGGUAUUGAUUUAUCGGAGCGUAAAGCCUUCAUCACAGACCAAAUCGAUAUGUUCCUUCAAAUCCAUAUGGGGAGACCCGAAAACGACACCGACGUCGACGCCGAGGAAGAGGGUGGUGAAGAAGAGUCGGAGACUGUGAAGGAAGAAGAGAAUGGCGGUGGCCAGUCCGAAGAAGAGGACCCUGAAGAAGAACAAGCGGAAGAAAAGGAAGAGGAAGAGGAUUCGAGUGAUGUAAAGAGAAGCAAGAAGCAGAGAUCUGCCCAGUUGGAUAAAGACGCAAAGAAAAAAGUAACAGGCUUCUGCAAACCAUGUCGUCUCUCUCCACAGCUACAAGAACUUGUUGGAGUGCCAGAAUUGGCCAGAACUCAGGUUGUCAAGAAACUUUGGGCCUAUAUCCGGGAGAAGAAAUUACAAAAUCCAAAGAAUAAGAGGAAAAUUUUGUGUGAUGAAACACUACAUUCUAUUUUUCGUGUUAAUUCGGUUGACAUGUUUCAAAUGAAUAAAGCACUGUCCAAGCAUAUAUGGCCAAUAGAUGAGGAAGAUGGUACACUUCUUCAAACUUUAAAAUUCAUGCUACAGUCAUCAAAUUUCUUACAGUUUGUUGUGGCAAAUAUUGAGACGACUUCUUCUCCUUCUUCAACAUCCAUGGACACGUUAGCUCUUUUUGAGUUUAAAACCUCAGUUGCAAUACAUUACAGAGAUGCAGCCUAGGUUGUUGCAAGUUCUAAUGAUGCUUGGGUUAGCUGCAAGUCAAUAAAAAUUGUUUGUCAUUCAGCUUUAUCAAGAGUUGCUUUGAAGCCGUAUUGGGUGAUAUAUUAAGUUCAAUUUAUGACAAUUACAAUAUGAAAUUCUAUUUUUAAAUGGUUACAGUCAAUACCUCCAGAAAAUUUUGACAUCAUUGUCUUGUAAUUUGAGAACAUUUCUCUUUGUGCAAAUAAUGCCAAACUAUGUAUCUAGUCUACUUCUCUCAUUCCCUUACUAAUGGAAUUCAUAAGGGUUGUUAUUUUCUUUUAACUUUGUCCCAUAUAAGUAAGAUAUGUGAACCCCCAGCCGUAACUUUAUUAAUGAAGAACAAAAUUUUAGAAAGGAUUACUGCUCCAGGAAAAUUUAAGCCUUCACCAGCGUGUUUCCUUACUCUUGCAAAUUUUGUGAUUACUAGUUUUCUUUGUCUGUAUCCUGAAGCAGCAUUUUUGUAUGCUUCAGGGUUUUGCUUUUUUUGCUAGAACACCAUGGGAGUGAUCUUAUAAAUAAAUGAACAGUGUCUAUUCCAUACAUGUAUAUUACUUACUAGAUUUCUAGGCCAUCCUUUUAUCUAGAAUGGUUUGUGAUUAGUGUUACCACUUUUGUAUGGAUAUUUCUUUAUCAUGUAACUACUUAUGUAACUUGGACAUGUUAAAGAACCAUCGUUGGAAUGUGAUCUACCAGACAAGUUGCACCCUCACAAACGGUUUUUAUGCUUGUAUUGGCUAAAUUGUUUGACACACAUCCAAAAUUGAAGGUCAUCCUGUAAGAUGCCCUACUUGUAUAAUUCACAUAAGUUGUUUGAAUGAUCUGUGAAACAUAUGAACCAUAGUCUUUUUCAUUGAUUCUCAAUUACGGGAUGUGGGGAAGGAUUUACAAUAUGUAGAUUUUAUAUACUUGCAAUAUUGAUCUUGUCCUGUCACAAACCCUUAGGUUUACAUAUUCUUUAAUUGUGAAGUACUGAUUUUUUUUUUAUAUUAUGGAUUAAGUGAGAUUUCUUUCUCCAUGAAGAAACAGCUCCAGUCAAUCAUCUCAUAAGGAAAAGCGACAAAAACUAGGCAGAGAAGCUUUAGAUCAGCAAAGGCAGAAAGAAACACAGCGGAAAGGGGGAGGAUCUGGUUUUCUGGCCCCAUUUCCAUUAUCAGAUUCUCUGGUGAAAUUCUUUGGUACUGGGGAGGAUUCUUUAUCACGGGCUGAUGUAGUUAAGCGCAUGUGGAAUUAUAUAAAACAAAAUGAUCUGCAGGUACAUAGUUACUCUUCUUAGUAAAGCCCUUGUUAUGAUCACACUUGAUACACACCAAAUCCACAUUUUGCUACAUGCACUAGUGUUUACUAUUCAAUGAUUAGAUGUCCCACUCGAUGAGUAUCUAAUCCAUUCGUGAAGCGGAUAGCGCUGGUAAACAAGGAAGCUAUUGGGAAUGAAAUAACUUGGUCCCUCAUUUUCUUUUCUCAAGUAUAUUUACUGUUUUGAUGAAGUGAUGCUAUAGCUCGA